UUCCACCACGCUCUCUCUCUCUCUCUCUCUGCUACAUGCCGACGAGAAAUCGCCGUGCUGUCAUAAGAUUCCCUCUCUCUCUCUCUCUCUACUUUCCCUUUCUCUUUCCCAUCAAUUUUCUCCAGAAACGAACACCCACUCCUCUGUCUCUGUCUCUGUCUCUCUCUAACUCGCCGCCUCGCUCUCCUCCAUCCACCAUGGCCUCCAUAAUCUAUCCACCAACUUAGCUAUCAUUCCCUCUCUCUCUCUGUCUGCCCUUCGCCGAUUUUGGUCGUGGGUUUAAGUUGAAAAGUUCGGGUUUUUCUUUUGGCGUGCGAAAUGGGCUGCGCCAGCUCCAAGCUGGACGAUCUCCCCGCCGUCGCGCUCUGCCGCGAGCGGUGCUCCUCCCUCGACCAGGCGAUCCGCCACCGGUACGACCUGGCCCAGGCCCACGUCACCUACAUGGCGUCGCUGAGGGACGUCGGCCAGUCCCUCCGCGAGUUCCUCUCCCACGGCGUCGCCGCCUCGGGAGGCCCCGUCCUCAAUUUGCCCGCGCAGAGGAAGGGAGACCACGCGGCCGCCGUCGCCUUCGCGAAUUCCCCCUCCAAGGGCUCCAAUUCCGGCUCCCACCUCCACUUCCCCUCCGGUUCCGACGACGGCUCUCUCUCCGACGAGCUCCAUCACUCGGGCCACUCCUCGCCUCUGCACGGUUACGAUGGCCACCACAUUGAGUACAUGAAUUCGGAUCAGGAGCCGCCAGGUAUGGGUAUGGGUAUGGGUAUGAGCUCGUAUUCAGGUGGUUUUUCGUACAUGAACUACAUGAAGAGUAAAGCGACGCCUUCUGUGGUCUACGAGCAAAAGCCCGUGACUUCGGAGACUGUUUACAUGGGCGAAUCGUCGUCUUCUAAUUAUUUUUCCUACUCAAAUAAUAACUUAGCUCCUUAUCCCUAUGGUAAUAGUAAUCCUGGCUACGGUAGUUCAGUUGGUGGGUACUAUGGUUCUCAGAUAAAUUACGGAUCUUUGUCUCCGCCCCGGCGGCAUGUUGAGGAGAAGCCGCCACCACCGCCCCCCUCGCCUCCUCAGUCUUUCCCGUGGGACUUUCUGAAUCCUUUUGGGGAUUCUGAGGGGUUUUAUUCGGCUAACAGGCUGAGCAGGGACUUAAAGGAGUUGAGGGAGGAGGAAGGAAUUCCUGAUCUGGAGGACGAGCACGAGGUGGUGAAGGAAGUCCAUGGAAAGCCAAAGUUUGUUGAUGUAGGGAAUCAUUUGAAAUCUGUGAUGGUUGAUGAGGAUGAAGGUGAGGAAGAAGAUGGGAAAGUCGAUAGUGGCGCAUCGACGUCUAUGUAUCAAGCCAGGCCUCGUGUUUCGAUCGAUAAAGCUAAUGAUGGGGCGGCGGAGUAUGAGGUCCACGUGGUGGAGAAGAACGUCGUUGAUGGUGAAGGAAGGUCGGACGAAGGCGGUAAUGCCUCCAGGUUCAAGGGUAUUCGGAGUGUUUCUGAAUUGGUGAGGGAAAUUGAGGCUGAAUUUAAAAGAGCAGCAGAGUCAGGACAUGAGAUUGCCAAGAUGCUGGAAGCGGGGAAGGUUCCCUAUAGGCGUAAAAGUCACGUUUCUUCGAAGAAGGCACAUGGCAAUACUCCUUCAUGGUCUGUUGUAUCGGCACAGCACCCUUCUUCCAAGGGUGCUGAGCCGUCAGCCUCUGCUGAGAAUGCUGGGCCAGCUUCCUUGGGUGUUAAUGAAGAAAUGGGAAUGAGGUCGGGAAAUCUUUCUUCCACUUUGCACAAGCUCUAUCUCUGGGAGAAGAAGCUGUAUAACGAGGUUAAGGCUGAGGAAAAGAUGCGCGUCAUUCAUGAUAGGAAGGUCCAGAGGUUGAAACAUUUGGAUGACAGGCGUGCUGACGCUUCCAAGGUCGAGCAAACGAGGAACAUGAUCAGAAGUCUAUCGACAAAGAUAAGAAUUGCAAUUCAGGUUGUUGACAAGAUAUCUGUGACUAUCAACAAGAUAAGAGACGAAGAACUGUGGCCGCAGAUAAAUGAAUUGAUACAAGGGUUAAUGAGAAUGUGGAAAUGUCUACUUGAAUGCCACCGGAAUCAGUGUCAAGCAAUGAAGGAAGCUCAGAGCUUUGGUCCCAUUGGUUCUGCGAGAAAGCUUGGAGAUGCGUCUCCUGACGCGAUACUGCCGUUCCAGCGUGAACUUGUCAACUGGGCUAACCGAUUCACCAGUUGGGUAACUGUGCAGAAGGAAUACGUCAGGGCUCUAAACAAUUGGCUUCUAAAAUGUCUUUUGUAUGAGCCUGAAGUUACUCCUGAUGGAGUAGUUCCCUUCUCACCUGGUAGGAUAGGCGCACCUCCAAUAUUCGUAAUUUGUCAUCAGUGGUCGCAAGCUAUGGAUAGAAUAUCUGAGAAGGAAGUUGUAAUUGCGAUGUUUGGCUUCACAUCCAGUGUAUUUCAGCUCAGGGAGCGGGACAAGCAGGAGAUGCACCCGGGGAUGACGGCAACUAAGGACUUGGACAGAGAGGACCAGAAAAUACAGAAAGAAAUUCAGGCACUGAAAAAGAAAAUGAUUCAGGUCUCAGGGAAUGGUGAUAUCCCAACAGUAACUGGGCAGCUCGUAUAUCAGAGUGAUGUCAGUAGUAAUAACUUCCAGGCAAAUUUGCAACGAGUUUUCGAGGCAAUGGAGAGGUAUACUGCGGACUCUAUGCGAGCAUACGAGGAACUAAUGCAACGGAGUGAGGAAGAAAUCAAGAUCGCUCGGGAGCGCGUUCAUGAGAGUGAGGACAAGCGUUCAUCUUAAUUGAUCUGCAAUCUGAGGAUUGGCUUGCCGCCUGUAUAUUGAUUCGAGGGUUCACAGUUUGCUGUCUCUCCUGCUGGACAUCUGAAUUUCCUGCUGGGCCUCCCCUUAUGAAAGAGUCUGGUGAAAGCUUCUUUUAUUUGGGAAAGGACUUGGUCAUGGCAAUGGGAGAUCUGGACUCAACAGUUUUUUCAGUAUAGUGGAUCUCGGGAUGACUAUAAUGACAACAGUGAGUGUGAGAGACAUUGAACAGCAGUGCAAACAUCAGUCCAGAGCUGACGGGAUCGCAUUGUCACGGAGAAAUGGCAGUGAGUGCCGAGGAUAUCCGAAAACUAAGGCAAAGUGUCAUGUUUAACAUAAUGAAGGUUCUCCUGUUGGAGAUCAGGUUUGCAUCUGCGACGUAAAGCAACGUCUCUCGUUCUCACUUGCCUUUUGUGAUGGACGGACAGAACUAAGCAACCGGUCCGAUGUCCGCCACAAUUUGUACAGCUCCAUUUCCCUCAGUUUUGCAUCAGUAUAGUUUGAGGGUUAGGAAGUUUCUCUAGAGUAAAUGCACUGAAGGUGCCUGUAUGUUAAACCGGAACCAUGUAAGAUCUAAUUUGCUGCUACCAAACAUUUCAUUUAUUGUUGUACAUUGAUAGAUUUAAGAGUUGAGGGGGAUCUUGGAAUUAUAGCAGAGCCAGCCAGUCAUGCAGCAGUUUACUUUUCUCGA